UUGGAAAUUUAUAUUAUUGAUUGCAUUUUCCAGAUGUCUGAUAAAUGUGUAAAUAAAAUUAUGUUUCUCAGUACUUUGCUUCUUAGAGCCAUUAGCUAAAAGAAACGAUUCCAUUUCGGAAUUUCCCCACAACUACAAUCGUAUUGACCCGCAAAACUGGUAACUUUUGCUUAGAUGACCGAACGAAAAAACCCAAAAAAAUCUUCAGUUUUCCUACAUAUGGUUUCCGGAUGAUCUCAGCAGGUGGACAACGCUUGGUCAUGAUUUCUGCAGGAAAAACCCUAUACGGGGCCGAAACCCAGCGAAGAUUAAAAUUGAUGGCACUCUCAAAAAGCAAAUGCAAAUUUAAUGAGCCGAUUUAAUCUCGGUUGGGUUCUGAACGGAUUUACAACCAGCUUAUCUCAAACGAUAGCGGGAUUUUGUGUAAAUGAUCAUAAUUUCGCACAACUAUUAACAACAGCUCAUUUGCUGGGUUUCUUGACAUUGUUUAAUGGGUUAGCUAUUUUUAAAUAGUUUUAAUUCCCCCAGUGUAUCGCAAAUCGACCAAAUACGUGUGAUUAUAUGGCAUUUUUUUGGUCAGGACACACGAGGCUGGAUGCCAUGUGGAAACAUUUAUGGCUUGUUGCGGUCGCAUGCAAUGCUGCUGUAGCCUUUGCAGGGAUUAAUGACGCGAAUUCCUUUACUAAACAGUACACAUACGAAGAAGAUCCUCAUCCAUGUGCCCGCAAGUGCAUCCAUGAUAAACCCAUGACUUGUCAUUAUAAUUUUGAAGUCGAAAAUUACUACACUUUAUCGAAAGCUUGUCACGAUUGUUCUCGAAAUCAAUCGGACUGUUUUCGAGUGGAUUGCGUCCCGGGGGAUGGACAUGAAAGGGGAGUGGUCACGGUAAACAGAAAAAUUCCUGGACCCGCCAUAGAGGUGUGCCAGGAUGAUGAGAUAGUCGUAGAUGUGAAGAACCUGCUGAUGUCCGAGGGGACAACAAUCCAUUGGCAUGGACAGCAUAUGAGAGACACCCCGUAUAUGGAUGGGGUUCCGUAUGUGACUCAGUGUCCUAUUUUGCCCAGAACCACGUUUAGGUACAGUUUUAAGGCGGCACAAGCAGGAACCCAUUUUUGGCACUCGCAUCUAGGGGUGCAACGAGCGGAUGGCUGUUACGGCCCCCUAAUCGUUCGAGUUCCAGAAGAACUAAAUCCCCAUAAUACUUUAUACGACUUUGAUUUAUCCGCUCAUACCAUAACGCUCAUCGACUGGGAAAAUAAAACUAGUAUGGAGAAAUUUCUGGAUCACCAUCACAGUGAUGGCAACAACAAACCAUUGACUCUUUUGGUGAAUGGAAUGGGAAGAAACAGGAUGUUUCCUGAUGAAACCAAUGAUACUUUGCAUACUCCGUUGGCGAGAUUUUCAGUGGAGCAGGGAUAUAGAUACAGAUUUCGGGUGAUAAAUGCCGGAUUUCUCAAUUGUCCUGUGGAGGUAUCAGUGGAUAAUCAUUCAAUUAGCGUUAUUAGCUCAGAUGGAGAAGACAUCAAUCCGGUUGAAGCUGACUCUUUGGUGAGCUACGCAGGAGAACGCUUUGACUUUGUUUUAUCCGCUGACCAACCGAAGAACCUCUACUGGAUUCGCUUUAGAGGCCUGAUGGACUGCGACGAACGAUAUAUGAAGGCUUUCCAAGUCGCUGUUUUAGAGUACAAAGACUAUGCAGAAGAAAAGGACGUCGAUGCUAUGAUGGAUCAGAAUACUCCAACUUGGGAAUCCACUGAAAUGACAAAUGAAACCGAGCUCAGCAACGAUGUAACUGAUCAGCUUCCGACUCAGGCUACUUUAUUGGAACGAAAUGUUUUUGAAAAUUUCUACAGUUCGGAUGAGACGCUUCCGGAGUCAGUACCGGAUUAUGAAAACUCCCGGAGAGGCGGCAAGCAACUUAAUUCAUUAAACAAAGGAACUGAGUCGAACACUUCGCACAUCAGUAUACCGGAUUUGUCCUCCAUCCGAAAAUGGGAUCACCGAUUGAAGCAGAAGCCCGAUUAUCAGUUUUUUUUGGCCUACGACUUUUACCGCAUCGACAAUCCCCAUUUCUACGGCGAUGGAUACGAAUUCUAUAAUGUUUCUCCUAGUAUGAAUCAACUAUUGACGCCUCAAAUCAACCACAUAUCUAUGGAAAUGCCCUCCUUUCCUCUACUGCCCCAACGAGAGGAUAUCGCAGCUAAUUCCUUCUGCAACGAAAACACUGUUGAUAAGGAAAACUGCACUCGGGAAUAUUGCGAAUGUCCUCAUGCUUAUGAGCUGAAACUAGAUUCGGUGGUUGAACUGGUGAUAAUAGAUGAAGGUUUCGCCUUCGAUGCCAACCACCCUUUUCAUCUUCAUGGAAAUGCGUUUCGUGUGGUGGCAAUGGAGAAAAUUGGAAGCAACGUCACUGUUGAACAGGUGAAGCUGAAGGAUAGAAAAGGACUGAUAAAGAGGAACCUGUUGGAUGCGCCCAUUAAAGACACUGUAACUGUGCCGGAUGGUGGCUAUACGGUUGUGAGGUUCCAAGCGUCUAAUCCAGGGUUCUGGUUGUUCCACUGCCACUUGGAGUUUCACGCGGAAAUAGGAAUGGCGUUGGUGUUUAAAGUGGGCGAUUAUAACGAAAUGGCUCCAGUGCCUCCCAAUUUUCCUCGCUGUGGAAAUUACAUGCCUCAAGCGGAAGCUUUAGAGAGUGGAAAACCAACCUGCAGUAAAUACCCAUUACUAAGAGAGUUUGAAAAAGUCCUGUUUGGCGACUAUUGCGAAUCAGAUUCUUCAGGAAGUGUGGAUUUACGCUAUGAUAAAACACUAGCAGGAAUUCUUCUGGGACUUUGGUUUUUCUUUGCCAUCUACUCCUAAGAUGAGAAGAAAGACGCCCUUUGCGUUAGACAAUAGUGUCUUUUUACUACAAUAACUUGCCACAUUAACUAAGUAAAAUGUGAUAAACUGCUGUGAUUCUAGUCAGAUAAUGUUGUUAAUAAAAAAUAAAGUAUUUGAAAUGUGAA